AUGGAAGAGCAACAAAAAAUAAAGAAUAGAAAAGAUAGAAUAACACUUUCUCUUCACUAACCAUUACAAUAUACAAUAUAGAAAAUAUUUUAGGAGAGAUUAGAAUAAAAUUUAAAGCCAAUUAUAAAAUCUUCAACAAAUGUAGAAUUUUCUUGACUAUUUAGAUUAUUAAAUCAAAUAAAUCUCAAAAGUAAAAUAAAUUGCAGUUAUUUUAUGAUGCAAAAUUACACAACAUCAAUCUCUAGCAUAUUGAAGAUCAUAUAAAAACACCACGCAUGAAUCAUUCUGUAAAAAUUUUAAGAACUGAAACAAAAGAAGAUUUAAAUUAAAGAUUAUUGACACUUCCUGUUAAGAAUAUAACUUAUGAAAAACUCUUAAAUAAAGAAAAAGAGACAAAAAUUACGUGUUUCUGUUAUAAAUCAAAUGAUGAUGUAUUCUGAAGAAUAAUUAUAAGAAAAAUGCUUAGAUAUAUUUCGAAAACUGUCUAAGCCUAUAUCAGGUAUACAAAUUCUUGAAAAUAAUUAACUCUAUUAAUAUUUACUAUCAAUUUUUCAUAAUGAAUAGAUAACUAUAAAAACAAUUAAAUAUUUAUCUGUUCCAUAAAAUAUGAAUUAUAAGUAAUAUUGUGAUUUGAUUAUGAGAUUCAAUGAAUGGAGUAAAGUUGGUAAAUUGAUAUUUAUAUAUUUAGAUAUUCUUUUUUAUUGUUUUUAUAUAUUUUAAGACAAUUACUCAGCAAUAUUGGAUUCAAAAUGUUUAUUUUAAUUAUUAACCUCAGAAUAAUGUUUUUCAGAUGAUGCUAAUUUCAUUAUAAAAACAUUAAGAUAAAGUUAAGAAUUAAAUAAACGAAGUAAUUAUAAAACAUAUCAUACUAAAUUGCUAAAAAUACAUAAUUUAACAUUUCGAAGAUAUAAACGAGAGUAAGAAUUAAUGAUAGAAAAGCUUCGUAAAUAAAAAUUAGAUAUGUACUAAAUAAAAACGAAGAUGAUAAUAUCAAAUUUAAAAGAAAAUUAAAUUGUAGAUAAAGAAGAGAAUUUAUAUUAAUUACCCAUCUAAAAUGAAGAUGAUAUAAUAGUUACAUUUGAGACUUUCAAAUCUAUUUAUAGUUAAUGUCAUCCUUGUUUUUUUGGAUGGCUAAUAAAAUGUCUUGGGGAUAUUGAUAUCUAUUUUGUUGGGUAAAAAUUAUGA